AUGAACACAACCUACGGAAACCCGCCACUGUCCGCGAGGCCAGCGCCCUCGCCUCGUCUGCUACAACCCUAUUCGCCGCGACGACCAUCGCCGCUUGGUUUUCCACCACUCGCGCCUCACAUGGCCUUCCAGAGUCCCUCAUACCCCGUCACGCCGGAGCGCCCAAUCUACUCAAAGGGGCCUCCAGAGACGCGGGUCGCCCUUCCCGCGGAAGCUCGUCGCCCGCUGGCCGGAACGACGCAGCGCCCGCGCUCCCAACCUCCCGCACCUUUGAAUCUCAAUACACGAUCCAUAACGCAACCUCAGAACAGCCAGCAGCCCGCGACGACGCAGGGAAUGACUACCCGGCCUGCCGGGCCACCGAGCCCGACUCCGAGCGACGCCUCCAGCGUGAGCCUCUACAGCGCAGAGAGCGUCUCCAAGAACUUCCCGGUCGAUGUGCGGCAGGGAAAGCAGCAGCAGCAGGAAGAGGAGGAGCGGCCAUCGAACCCGUUCUGCGCCUGCCUCAACCUCAGAGCUCUCUUCGGCUCGAAAUCGAAGGAGAGCAGGAUUCUGGGACCACCACAGCAGCCGCAGCCACAGCAACCUGCGCCUGCACCGCCCAUGACGCAGGUUCCACGACGGCGACCGUCUCCACUGAAUCUGUGA